AUGUCAGCGCACGAAAUUCUAACCCUACAGUUCGGCCACUACUCAAACUACGUGGGGGCCCACUGGUGGAACGUGCAAGAAGCGGGUUUCCGUUACGAUUCCCCCUCCGAAAUCAACCACGAUGUUUUAUUCCGCGAGGGGGUGACUUUGAAAAAUGAGGUUACGUUCACCCCGAGACUACUUUUGGUCGAUUUGAAGGGCAGUCUCAAAACCUUGCCCCAGGAGGGCGAAUUGUACUCCCUCCCGUCGCAAAGUGCCCCCGAUCAAGUCGAAAUAAUCGCGCAACCCCCGGAGGAAAAAAACGAAUUUCAGAAAGAUAUUGAGACGAAUGCCACCUUGACCAAAAUCUAUGACCUUGAGAGACAAGUUCGGGUCUGGUCUGAUUUUUUAUACACACGCUUUCACCCCAGGACUGUUAAUACCGUCCAGGAGUACCAACACGAUAAUGAGAAUACGCCCUUUGAUAUCUUCCCUUUGGGGGCGAACUUGUGGAAGAAAGACCAGUUUAGUGAAGAUUUUUCCGAUAAAAUCCGCAAUUACAUCGAAGAAUGCAACAGUUUUCAAGGCUUCCACAUUUUGUGCGACUCUACCGACGCUUUUGCCGGUAUUACAGUUUCCUGUUUGGAGCAUUUGAACGACGAUUAUGACACUAAACCGGUUCUGGGAUUCCCCCUAGUGCAACCCUCAACAAACCCAAUCCACCUCCUCAAUCUGGCGCUGUGUUUCGACGGCUUCGCCGAACACUCCUCACUUUUCGUGCCUCUAACCUCAAAACCCCCUCAAUUCAAUUAUAUAGCCCCCAACCCUGACCUCAAAUACCACACGAGCGCCAUUUUGGCGGCGACUUUGGACACCUUGAGCCUCAAUUAUCGACUCAAAAGUGCAAAAAACACACUAAUCGACGUAUGCAGCGAUUUUGCUACGAAUGGACGUAAAGUCGCAACGGCAAGUGUUUGUCUUCCGUUUCCGCUCAAAACAAACGAAGAUUUCAUCGAUUGUUUGAACACGUGGGAAGGUCAUUUGAGCCAAUCGGUGACGCCCUGGUGUGACAUUAACCCCGACAAUAGCCUACAGUUGGUAGUACUGAGGGGAAUCCCGGAACGCCGGCUCAAAAAACCGCCAAAUUUGGCCGAAAAACAAAGAAAUUACCCGGCGUAUCGUUGCAACGAUUUGAAAGAAAUGCUGAGUUAUUUUAUUGUGUGCACGAGUUAUGGCACUAAAAGUGAAGUGACAGUUUGUGGCGAACAAAUGGCAGUUAAGACGCCAUUUCCGGGUUUUUUCACCGAACGGGUUGGCAACACUGGCGAUAUUGACGGUGGUAGAAGUGGCCCUGUUGAGAAAAUUAACACGUUGGCAGGCCUGCACACCGGUAAAUUUGUCGGAACUAUGCUUGAAACACUGUCACAAGAACUGGAAAAAAUCAAAUACAAGAAAUACCACCAAUUUGUGAGCGAAGGCGUUGAAAAUGACCAAUUCCGCGAGUGUUUCGACCGGUUGCUAGACCUGAAAGACUGUUACGAAGACAAUUAUCUGAUUUAAUAAAUUUUGUACGUUGGUAAAA